AUGUAUGUAUGUAUGUAUGCGUGUAUGUAUGUAUGUAUGCGUGUAUGUAUGUAUGUGUGUAUGUACAUGCCCGAUGAGGCGACAGCAGUGGAGCAAGGCGAGGAGGCGAUUUUGGGGGGAACCCUCGAGCAAAUCGAAAAUCAGUUCUUUUCGGCAGCUACUUAUUUACCGCAUGCAAUUGCCGAGGAUCGAAUCUCGCGCGAGGAUCAGCUCUUUUUCUAUGCUCAUCCCAGCAAACGGCCGGGACUCUUCGAUCUUGUACGCCGCGAGAAAUUCGAUAGUUGGGCAAAACUUGGCGACAUGUCAGCUGAGGAAGCAAUGAGACAGUACGUCAGCAAACUGCAUUCGCUGAAUGUUGGAUGGGAUCCGACCAGAAAAUACAAUUCCGGCUUUGGCCUAAGGCCAAGCACAAUGGCUGAGGCAGACUCCAGCGAGACAGAAUCUUCCGGCAUGAGUUCCGAGCAACUGGAAUGGUUUGCUGCUUUGGAUGAAGGUAACAUUGAAAAGUUAAAAGAACUUUUAUCUGGCAGUACUGCACUCCUGGAAGAAAGGGAUGAAAAUCAGACAGAAUCUUCCGGCAUGAGUUCCGAGCAGCUGGAAUGGUUUGCUGCUUUGGAUGAAGGUAACAUUGAAAAGUUAAAAGAACUUUUAUCUGGCAGUACUGCACUCCUGGAAGAAAGGGAUGAAAAUCAGUUAACUGCUUUGCAUUGGGCUGCCGAUCGUGGAAAAUUGGAACUUGUUGAUUUUCUGAUUGGUGCGGGCGCCGAUGUGAAUAUUCAGGAUUACGGUGGACAAACACCUCUUCAUUACGCUGUUUCGUGCUCACAUCGAAAUGUGGUGGAAUUGCUGCUAAAGAAAGGUGCUGAUCCGCUGAUUGCCGAUUUUGAAGGAAUCUGUGUGCUGGAUGUUGCAUCGGACCCGAUAAUCACGAGGAUGCUCGAGGAAGCGAUUCCAGAAAGCUCAGGAACAAAGCCUACUGAAGGAAUAAAGCCUACUGAAGGAACAUAA